AGAUUUGAACUACUGAAAGGAACAAAUAAUAUAAGGCCUUCAAUUUUGAAGCUAAUUUAUACAAAGAAAACCAUUUCCUACAAUGGCUGCAUGACACAGCUCUUUACCAUCCACUUCUUUGGGGGAAUUGAGAUCUUCAUCCUCGCAGGGAUGGCCUAUGACCGCUAUGUGGCCAUCUGCAAGCCCCUGCACUACACUGUCAUCAUGAGCAGAAGGAUAUGUGCGGUCAUUAUGGCUGCUUCAUGUGCUGGGGGUUUCAUGCACUCCUUUGGUCAGUUUAUACUUGCCGUUUUCUUGCCCUACUGUGGCCCUAAUGAAAUAGAUCACUACUUCUGUGACAUCUAUCCUUUGCUGAAACUGGCCUGUACUGAUACCAGCAAGAUUGGGCUCUUGGUCCUUGCCAAUUCUGGUUCGGUGAGUCUAGUGACAUUUGUGGUCCUGUUGACAUCUUAUGAUGUAAUCUUAUAUACUGUCAAGUCCUACUCCAGAGAAAGCCGUCUCAAAGCUCUUUCCACAUGCAGUUGGCAUAUUACAGUGGUAGUCCUGUUUUUUGCUCCUGUAGUAUUUAUUUACAUUCGUCCGCAAAGUACUUUCCCAGAAGAUAAAGUGUUUGCACUUUUUUAUACUAUCAUUGCUCCCAUGCUCAAUCCUCUGAUAUACACAUUGAGGAACAUGGAGAUGAAGAAUGCCAUGAAGAAGCUAUGGUCCCAAAUUAUGGGAAGAAGACGGAAUAGACUGAAAGACAUUUCUGCUUCUUAUCACAGAGCUUAUUGA